AUGGAUGGCAAGAGAAAUGGUUACCUACCAUUCCAUGCAAAAAUGUUAUCUUCAUCAUUAUAGCCCAAAUAGUUCCAUCAACACCAACACCAACAUUUACAACUGAGUCAACAGCUACUGGAGUCGAUCCUGAAAAUUUUGAUAAAUAUGCUAAAUUUCCAGAACUUACUCAAGCUUCUAAUGAAAUUAAGAAGAAGCAACUCAUACAAUGA